AUGGAUGAGGGACCGGAGCAUGGUGAUGAAGCAGUAAACAGUGAUAGUUGGAAUCACGAGGAAGUACUGCUAGAUAACACUUCUAUGGUUCAAAAUCUGAGUUCUUCCGGGGCCGAACUAAACCCUUUUAGCCCCAACGCUGAAGCUAAUGAUAAGGAGUUAGAGUCAACAGAUCAGAGUGACCCUAAGACAAUCUCUGAAAAGGAACUACCGCAAGUAGAUAGAACUGAACCUAAGGAAAGUGAAAACGUCGAAGAAUCAAAUGCGGGAUCCCCUAAAUCGAGUAAUCGACAAGGGGACGGAGGAACCGUACAAGGUAAUGAGCGGAUGCAACUCAUUACUAAAGGGUUCCAGCAAAUUUCCACUAAUUCAUAUCAAGCGGAAACUCAGGACAUAAAAGUCCAAGUCGGCAGGAUACUCGAAUUAGCUCUAGGUAAUAUUCGGUUAGAACCGAAAAUUAGAGAUAUUUACAAACUGAUGAUGUCGCGGGACUUAUAUAUACUAGCGUAUCGAAACAUAAAAUCCAAACCGGGAAAUAUGACCCCAGGUUCGGAUCAAAUAACGCUCGACGGAAUUUCUCUCAAAAUCAUAGACCGAAUAAUUCUCACUAUGAAAAAUCAAUCCUUCCAAUUUAAACCAGUAAGAAGAGAAUAUAUCCCCAAAGCCAAUGGGAAAAUGAGGCCAUUAGGAAUCCCGAGUCCAAUGGAUAAAUUAGUCCAAGAAGCCAUGAGAAUUAUUCUAGAAGCGAUCUACGAACCAAAAUUUUUAGACACUAGCCACGGAUUUAGACCUGGAAGAAGUUGUCAUACAGCCCUUAAAGAAAUCUCUAAAUGGAAUGGAACCACCUGA